AUGGACGUCCCUAGCUCAAGGCCGGCUGGCUACACAUGGCGCUCCUCUAGAUGGUUCAUCAUCAGCACCGUUUCAAUUGCAUUGUUCAUUGAAUUGUUUCUGUACGGUUUCCAGGUACCUAUGUUACCUUACCUAUUCGAAGAUCGCCUCCAUAAAGAUCCCUCUCAGACCCAGCGUUUGACCGCUGGAAUCCUCACCCUCCAUGGCCUCGUCUCUGCCGUUUCCGGUCCUUUAAUAGGACAUUAUGCGGACAAGAUGCCUAAUCGCAGAACACCAUUGCUUCUAUCACUUGCGGGGUGUGUCAUGGGAACAUUAUUAGUUGCGUGGUCACCGUCACUGGUUGUACUUCUCCUCGGUCGAGUGCUUCAGGGUAUUGCUGGCUCUGCCGUUUGGAUUGUCGGCCUAGCCACUGCAGCAGACACCGUGCAGGACAGUGGCAUGGGCAAAGUGAUGGGCGUGAUUAUGACUUUUGCUAGCGCUGGCAUAAUCAGCGGGCCCAUGGUCUCCGGCAUCCUACUAGAAACUGUAGGGUACUGGUUGACAUGGAGUGUGCCCAUUGGCAUUUUGAUUGUUGAUAUCAUCUCACGUUUGUUGAUGAUAGAGAGUCCCCAGAAUUCGAGCCCUGCUUCCUCUGAUAACCUGGAAGAAACAUCAACCCUUCUUCCCACGAAGACGCAAAUUGAACCCCAUGAUGCGUCUACCACAGUCGGAUUCUGGGUCUUCCUGCUUCGUGACAGUCGCGUGCUGACGGCUUUGGCUAUUACUAUCUUGACCACGGCCAUUCUCACCAGUUUUCAUGCCACACUUCCUCUGCACACAGGGAAGGCAUUUGGAUGGACACCAAGAGAGGUUGGAAUUAUGUUCUUCCUCCUCUCUGUCCCGGCUCUCUUCCUCAGCACCCCGGCUGGAUGGCUACGUGACCGCAUCGGGGUCCGAUUACCUAUCACCAUCAGUCUUGCUCUCCAUGCAGUCUUUCAUGUCCUUGUUGGAGUGGCUGGGGAUGGCCAUUUCCCCUGGGCAACUUUGCAGCAUCGGGGUCCCGCGCUGUACACAUCUUCGAUCAUUUGCCUUGGUAUUCUGCGACCUUUUGUGACUGGCGUUGGUCCUGUGGAACUGACUGCUUCUGUUCGAGCGUAUGAGAAGGCGACUCCAGGCAUCUUUGGACCUCGCGGAGGCCUCUCUCGCGUUUAUGCUAUGACUGACGUAGCUGCGACCAGCGGGAUGACGAUCGGUCCAGCCAUCGCUGGAUUCCUCCGGGAGAAGGUUGGCUACACUUCCAUGAAUUGGGUUUUCGGUAAGUGA